GAGAGGGAUAUUCUCUAAGUAGAUAAAAAAAAAGUAGAUAGUAGACAAAAAUUUUUUUAGGUGAAGGAAAGGGCAACACAUACGACAGGAACAGUCAAUACAACUGGACUAAACCAAAAGCAAAGAAAUUUCCUCAAUACAACCGAAAGCUUCGAAGGCCAGAGUAGCAGGGGGACCAUGGUUUCAGGGGACAUCUAGGUCAAUUGGCAUAACAAAAUGUAUUAAGAAAACGGCCUGCAUUCCACUUUGCUGAGAAGCGUCUGUGGUCUUAAACUCUAGCAAGGGGCCAUCUAAGAUGCAUCAAUUGGUCUCAACCCACCUGGAGCAAAGGAGAAUGAAGACCACGAAAGAUACAAGGUAAAUAUGAGCCCAAGAGACAGAAAUGGCCGCAUAAGCCAGGGACUCCAUUAGCCUGAGACCCAAAGAACUAGAUGAUGCCUGGCUACCACUGAUCACUGCUCCGACAGGGAGCACAACAGAGAAUCCCUGAAGGAGCAGGAGACCAGUGGGCUGCAGAUCUUAAAUUCUCAUAAAAAGCCCAGGCUUGAUGGUCAGAUCGAGACUGGAGGGACCCUGACGGUCAUGAUCCCCGGACCCUUUGAUAGCCCAAGAUUAGAACUAUUCCCGAAACCAACUCUCUGUACAGGGAUUGGCCUGGACUAUAAGAUAGACAACGAUACUGGUGAGGAGUGAACUUCAUGGCUCAAGUAGACGCAUGAAACUAUGUGGGCGGCUCCCAUCUGGAGGGGAGAUGAGAAGGCAAAGGGGGACAGAAGCUGGCUGAAUGGACACGGGGAAUACAGGGUGGAGAGGAGUGUGCUAUCUCAUUAGGGGGAGAGCAACUAGGAGUAUAUAGCAAGGUGUAUACAAAUUUUUGUAUGAGAGACUGACUUGAUUUGUAAACUCUCACUUAAAGCACAAUUUUUAAAAAAACCCACCCAUUUAUGGUAUUUCUCUUAUAGCUGCACUAGAUAAUUAAGACAGUGGGUGUUGUAUCAAACCAGCCCAGCCUUGCCCUAAUGAUAAAUGUAAUCUCUCCCCAGAGAAAACUUGAUGAUGAAAGAAAGCCUUCUGACAGGAGAAGCUGGUUUGGGAGGUUGGGUGUGCUGACAGUCCCACAGCACUCACCUUGCUGCCUCCUCAGACUCAGCCAUGAUGAGGAGAAGCUUCCAGGUAGCAGCAAGACUUGGCCACUGCAGAACCCUCCUCGGUGCCCCCUGCACCCUGCCCAGGCUCAACCCUGCCUCAGCUUUUGGAUCCUCCACAGAUGCCCUGGUCUCAAGAUUCUGUAAGAAGAAGACAGACUUGAAGGACUAUGCCCUCCCCAAUGCUAGCUGGUGUCCAGACAUGCUAAGCAUGUAUCAAGAAUUUCUGGAGAAGACCAAGGCCAGCGGCUGGAUCAAGAUGCCCUCCUUCAAGUCCAACAGAGAACACAUCCAGGGGCUCAAGCUUCCGUUGGGGUCGGCAGUCACCUCGGAUGAAAAUGACUGGCGCAUCUUCACCAGGUGCAUCCAAGUGGAAGGACAAGGAUAUGAGUAUGUCAUCUUUUUCCACCCGUCCCAGAAAAAGUCCGUCUGUCUUUUCCAACCAGGCCCCUACCUGGAAGGAGCCCCAGGGUUUGCCCAUGGAGGGUCCCUGGCAGCCAUGAUGGAUGAGGCCUUCUCUAAAACUGCCUACCUGGCUGGAGAGGGGCUGUUGACACAAAGCCUCAACAUCAGGUUCAAAAAUCUGAUCCCCGUGGGCUCACUGGCUGUACUGAAUAUUGAAGUGGAAAAGAUUGAGGACCGGAAGCUUUACAUCUCCUGUGUCACCCAGAGCAGAGACCAGCAAACAGUUUAUGCUAAGUCCUCAGCUGUUUUCCUUCAGCUACAGCUGGAAGAGGAGUCAUCCCAGUAACAGUCACCCUGCCUGCAAGAGAGCCUACCUCCGACCACCCUGGCUUCCUGGGACCCACCACAGACCAGGCGGGGUUCCCAGGAAGCAACUGGAGAGGUGAGGGAGGGCGUUUUCCUCUGAGUAAAUAAAGUCUUACAGCCCCAUUUUUCUGCCUAAGACCCUUCAGUAGUUGGAAAUCCAAAUCCUUCCAGGGCCUGCCACAUACCAGCUUCCCCUUCAGCGCCAACGGAAGAGAGUAAUGGAGCAGCUGCCCCGCGCCAGGUGCUGCAAUGAAAGGAUGCGCAACUGGGGGGUCAGGAGCAGUCCACACAGAGUGCUCCAUCACACUCCUCCCAUCCCCACCUAUCAUGGGUACAACGGAGGCACAGGAGGGGGAGAGAUCCACUUUAUGAAAGAUCAGGAAAGGCUUUAUAGAGGAAGUUGUGCUCCAACUGACUCUGAAAAGUUAAGUGGUGUGCACCAGGCAGGCAGGGGAGGGGAGCAAAUUCCAGGAGGAGGAGUAAAAGCAAAGGCACUCAGGAGUGAAAGACGUCAGCGACUGACUUUGGAGACCCGCAAGUGCAGCGUAGGGCAGGAGUUAGGGAGAGAUAAGAGACGCUUACAUGUUGCUAUGAUGCUGAACAGGUUUCAGCUGAGCUUCCAGACUAAGAUGGACUAGGAAGAAAGGCCUGGGGAUCUACUUCUGAAAAUCAGCCAACGGUCUUAUCUACAACCAGCCAUGGUGCAAGACUGAGCAGCAUUUUGUUCUGUUGUACCUGGGGUCACCAUGAAUCAGCCAACUAACAAUAACAGGUAGGCAGGUUGGCAGGGGCAAGCCAUGGAAGGCUUUGUAAACCCUGCUAUGGAGCUUGAACUUUGUCCUGUAGGCAACAACAAGGCGCCUUUCAAGGGUCUGGGCUGGAGAACAACAUAAAGUUUUGAUUUUUGGAAUGAUGACUCUGGUAGUAGUUAGGGGUCAGCAAAACUGAAGGCAGGAACACCUAGUGCUGCUGUAACAGAAAUACCACAAGUGGAUGACUUUAACAGAGAGAAAUUUAUUCUCUCACAGUCCAGUAGGCUAGCAGUUCGAAUUCAGGGCACCAGCUCCAGGGGAAGGUUUUCUCUCUGUGUUGGCUCUAGGGGAAGGUCC